AUGGUUGCUGCGCCCUUGCCUGUAGUCUCGAGUCACGACGCCUCCGACGAUGAAGCCGAGUGCCCCGUCUGCCUCGAGCCCCUUAGCUUCAGCUUCCGGCUCCCAGGAGAGAAGCCUCACAUUGUCCCCGAGUGCGGACACGCGCUGCAUGAGGCGUGUUUCACCGCCGUAUAUGGCCCACCACCAGGGCCCUCGAGAGCUGGCACCGUGAUCCGAAAGACCAAUCUGGGCGUGUGUGGUGUGUGCAGACGGCCGAUGAAGGUUGGGGACGGGGAUGGUGGUAAAUCAAACAAGCUCGCUGCUCUGACAGGCAUGGGUGACCCGAAUGAGCCGUCCAUGUUUCCUGGAAGACAUACUCCAUCCUCGCUUCGGUCGUACAACUCACGGGCCCAUAACCAGGCGAACAAGCCUUAUGACCCCACGGAAGACGAUCCAAUCGAACACGCGGCCAAAUGGGGCCAGGGUGAUAACGCGCAGGAACAGUCCCACUACAUUGUGGCGCCAUCCAUUCAAGUGCGCUCGGAGUUCGCAACAAUCACCCGCACGCCGGAGCAGAGCCAGCCGCUAACAUGCAUUGUCGUCAUCGAGCUGCCCGGCAAGCGGCAGAACACACACGUACCUGGGGCCACCAUGCCGAUGUCCGAGUCGUUCUCCCAACGGAGUGGCGGCAGCGGCAGCACAUACCAGGACAACCAUUCACUCCGCGAGAACUCGGUGCAUGACUACCAUCCACAACACCACCGGUCCUUGGACCAGCACUCGCAGCAGAUGUCUCCGACAUCAUCGCAGCAGGCGAUGCUGCCUCCUCCAUCAUUCGAGGAGACACACCAGGAUUCCCCGUUCAUUGCGAUUACGCGGGACUUGGAGUCACGGAUCAUCGACUGGAAGGGCCACCCGCUCUCGGGGCUCGGACCGCUGCAGAUGUAUGACCUUCUCUCGGUCCGGAGAGACGCGAUGGUGCGCGAGUUCUUCGUCUACCUCUUCAGAGAGGCGAUCAUCUGUGUCGUGGAGGAGAAGAAGCGAUCACUCGGGCGAUUGCUGUCCUCUGCGUCGGGUGCGGCGUCCGCGUUGGGCGAUGUCGCGGGGCAGAACCCACCACAGAAGGGCGUAUUGCGGCUGAAAGGCCGCAUCUACAUCCGGCAUAUCAAGCACGUCACCGACACUAGUGUCGCCGGCGAGCUCAGCUUGACCAUUGACAUGGAGGAUGAGCGACUGGACUCGUUCAUCUUGAUCUUCAAAGACCGGUCCUCGCUGGAGACGUGGAAGGCGCACAUCCAGUCUCUGGUUGCCGUGUACCAACAGCAAAGCGCUGCAGCCGGGGCACGCGAGAAGAUGGGGUCGCUACCGGGGCCAGACUUGGAAGAGUUCGGCGGGAGCCAGAAGGCGAUGCGCAUGCUCAGCGGCAGCACGACGGGCACGACGGUGAGCACGACGGACAGCCUCCUCCUCAACGGCUCGGCGCGCUCAACGGUAUCCUCGCACACGUCGUAUGGUUCGAAUGGGCCCCCGCCUGUCUCGCGUGCGCCGGGUAUGUCUCCGCAGAUGCAGCACAAGCUUAGCACGCUCGACGAGGACUCCGAAUUUGGCAGGUACGGCUCGCCGACGCCGCUCGUCGCACCCCACAUGUCCGCGGGCCCGAGCAACUCGCUGCAGCCGCUCCCGCACCCCCCGCUCGACCUUAUCCUGGUUAUAUCCGUGCCCUCGCCAAGCGCGACGCCAAGCACGGCCGCGCUCAAGAUUCGCGUCAUCCGUGCCUCGCUGGACUUCAUUAUCGCCUCGCUGGCGCCGAAGGACCGGCUCAGCCUCGUCACGUUCGAGGUUGGCAUUGGCGGCCGGGUGAGGAAGACGCCGUUCCUGAGCACGGGCAAGCCCGCCAGCCGCACCAGGCUGAAGAAGUUCGUGGAUGAGAUCGGGUUCAGGGAUGAUGGGAUGCAGCGCGAGGACGAGUUCCUGGUCCGUGCGUCGCAAGAUGACAAGACCGACGUUGUUACUGCAGUCAACCAUGGUCUCGAUGUGGUCCUGCAGCGGAAGUCGCGCAACCCGGUGACGGGCAUGAUCCUUGUCAGCGAUACUGCCGACACGACACGGCGAGCGCAGAUGGACCUCGUGCUCGCACGUACAGAGGCCGCCAACGUCCCCAUCCACUCGUUCGGCUAUGGCCGCUCGCACGACCCAGCAUCUCUCUGGCUCAUGUCGAAUCAUACAAGCGGUACAUACACGUUUGUGAAGGACUGGUACGACCUCCGUGACUGCCUUGCUGGCUGCAUCGGCGGCAUGAUGUCGAUCGGUCUGCUUCAUAUGAAGCUGCAUAUGAAGAUCGUCGACGGACAGCGCUUCCGCAUUCGGAAGAUCUCCGGCGGUCCUAUGGCUAUCCUCUCCUCCGAUGGGCGCGACGUCGACGUUGAGCUCGGCGAGCUGCGGUAUGGCGAGCGCAAGGAGAUGCUCGUUGAGCUCGAGCUGGACAACAGCGACAUCGCGCAGAUGACGCACGUUCGGCAGCCGACAGCGCCUUCACAGUCGCGCCCCCUCGACGCGACCGACCAGUUCAUGGGUCGGAUGGGUCUCGAUGCGCUGUCGAUUGCAGAUCUGCCUGACCUUGCAGAUGGGAUGAUGGACCGCAUGAUUGAUGAGGUCCCUGUCUUCGAGGUCGAUGGCUCGUUCUUCGAUCCUGCCGCGACGAAGCACGUCUCGCGUCUCGCCCACCCUGUUCUUCUCACUGUGACCCUCCUCCCGAACACCGGCAGCCGCCCGCGCACGCCCGCCGCGACCGGCUCUGACCCAGUGAUCGUCCGCCGCAGGAUGGAGCUGCUUGCGUCGGACAUGAUCACGAGGGCACUUGUCCUGGUGUCGAGGAAGAAUCUGCCGCAGGCACAAAAACUGCUCAGCGAGACCCGCCGCAUCCUGCAUACGGUUCUGCAGAACAUCACACAGUCACUACCUCCGCCCAACCGCGACGGCGGCACGAUGAGGAACCGCAAGGAGAUCCUCACGUUGAGUGCUGUGCGGGCUAUACAGUCGAUCCUUCAGGACAUGCAGGUUCUGUCGGAGGCGCUCGAAGAGAAUCCAGACGUCUUCGGGCAUGACCAGCGCAACUUUGGGGCUCAACAGGCCAUGGUCCUCCGUGACCAGAAGUGCUGGAGUGGCCGAAGUGCCAUUGAAAGACUGUUCUGGACGAUCGACAACUCGAUUGAACUCGUCGCCCGAAGUACUGACUGGGUCGCCCGUGACUAA